CGUUGUCAUGGAGAUGGGUCUCCCGGUGAGGCAGGGGUAGAGGUGGGAGGCCACGAGGAGGCCAGGGCAGAGCUGGGGCCGGCAGAGAAGGCCUGGGGACCACCAUGACAACAGCGCGGAUUCACCAUCUCCUCAACCCGGAGCCUCACUACAUCCCGGGCUACACUGGCUUCUACCCCCAGCUUCACUACCAGCUGGGGCAGACCUACGGAAAGACCACAGCCAGGCUGCUGGCCGACCCUAUGGGAUCAAAGAAAUCCUGCACCUUGCUCUCGCCGCUCACCGCACCCAAAUUCACCGAAGACUUGAGCAAGGAGAAGCGCCCGGACCCUCGGGACACGGAUCUGCACCAGGCCUACAUCCCCCAUUACACCGGGUUCAAACCUCACAAGGACUUCUGGGUGGCAGGGCGCUAUUCCCCGCUGAGGAUGGCACCGCAGUGCAGGAUGGGGGCUACCUGGCACCUGCCGUCGACGGACAUCAUGCCCUACCCGCCCUUUCCUCCCUGCCCCCCGGGCCGUCUGGAAGAGCCCAGCGCCCUCGGCCACCCGGGCUUCAGGCUGGCCUGGGGAGAAGCAGCUUGGAAGAGACCCGCCCUCCCACCCGCGUUCCCUAGCCCGCCUCAGUUCCAGCAUUUCCGGCGGGAUGAAUAUCCCAUCUGGAGCCCUCGGGCGGAAUCCAUGGACAUCAGCAAGUUUGAAAGGCUUCCCAAACUGGACGUGCCCAACCUGAUCCAGCGCAAAGCCAUCUCAGGGUAUUCCGGCUUUAUACCCCGGUUCACCUGGAUCAUGGGGGUGAAUUAUCAGCAGGGGGUCAAAGAGGCAAUGGAUGAGUUUGACAAAAACCAGCAUAAGGUAAGAAGCCCUGUCUGUGCCCUGGGAGAGAGAUUUCCCGAUACUCACUGGCCAAACACCAAGAUCUUCACCAGCAUGGGAAUGAUGCCUUUCUACACGGGAUUCAUACCGAAUUUACGGGACAACUUCGCUUUAACCUUCGGCAACGGCAGCCGCCUGUCCUACCGGCAAGAACGGGAGAGGCGAAACUAUGCGCUAUGAAAAAAAAAACGCUUUAAUUGUGA